GCAACCGGCAUGGAGACAAAUAAGCUUCCUACCCUAAUCUUGCGGAGUCAGCGGCAGUUCAGGGAUUUGUUAGCUCGACUCCAGAAAUGUGAGGGUUUAAAAUAUGUAAAUCCAUAACCUAGCACUUGGUAAAUCAACCUAUACACCAUUGAUCUAUCUGAAGAACUUGGUAUGAGCAUGGGAUACACCGACUAUAUGGAUCCAAAAAGAGGUAAUGCAUCGCCUGUCCCAGGCCACAGUCUGACUGGACCACCCAGAGGACAGAUUAGUUUAAAAGGCAUCCCGUUCUGCCCUCGGUCGUCGAGCAGACUAACCCAGUGCAUUAUUCAAGACCAUAUGGUGUCCCAUUAUAAAAAGGUGUAUUCAGCUAAAGCUGCCAUUGAUUCAUCAGUACCCAAAAGUAUGCUAAGCAGUGUAAAAUACAAUGACCAGUUACGGCGGGAGCAGUUGAGGAAAGAUGCGUCCAGGUCUGAUAGGCGGCCUCAGUCAGCUGGUUCACACUCACAGAGGAGCAGCAAAGCCAACACCAAAGCCUCCUGCCCAUCACAAAAUACCCAAAGUGGAGCAGGUCAAGAAAGUGCCUAUUUCUACCUGGGAAGCUCAAUGAUUUCCACUCCAAGAAUCAACACCUCCUUUCACGCCAAGCAAAUAGUUUACCCGUCCCAAAUGGUCGGCGGGUCUGGGAGCCCCCCGCACUUCUUCCAUUGUGCAUCAGAGUACAGCUAUAGGAGCCCAAACUCCCAGAGGCAGCAGCCAGCCCGCUCCUGCGCCACCACAGGUACCCAGAGUGGCUACAAGGCCUUUCAGGACCCUGUCCAGAAGACCUAUAGUGGGGACCUGAUUCAGAAACACGCCCACCGCUUCACCCAGGACAAGCCCUUCACUCCCAGGACUCUGAAGUCAGACAGCAGGUCCUAUCUGUCUCAGUAUCGCUACUAUACACCUCCUCGAGGUAAACCAGCCCAGGACCAGGAGAGGAUCAUCCCCAGGCUGACACGGCAGGAGACCUAUCAUGGAAGCACACGAACCAAGGAAUGCUCAUCGGCUGAAUGGGAUGAUCAACCCCUGGGACAUGGUACAGAGCAUGAGUGGUCGGAUGCAGACGAUGAGUCCCAUACACUGAAUCUGUCAGCAUUUGGACAACGAAGCAAGGGAAACAAGAGCGUAAGCAGCGAUCACUACCAUCCCUCCUUCAGGGUUUCACCAGAAGGAAUGACAUCUCCUAUCAUGAAGAGGGUGUCUGCAGAGGAGGAAGAAUUUAUGUACCUUGAAUUCAUUGCUGAUGUAACAAAUGAAAUCUUGUCCAGGGGCCUGUACUCUGACAGGGUCUUAGAGCGGGUGUUUGAACGUCACGUUGACAAGAAUAAACAUCUAUUGGAUGAGGACAAAAUGAGCCACCUUCUGGAGACUCUGCGCAAUGACUUGCAAAGUCCAGCCAACACACCUGCCUUUAGUGCAGAGCCUAAGAAUGGUGAGGACACAGAGCUUGACCUUCUUCAUGGUCAUCUACAGGGUCUGGAGUCUCUGGACAGAGGAGCACUAUCAGAAACCAAAGAGGACAAUGACCUUUUUCCCUAUGCAUUGUUUAACCAGGACAGUGGUGGGCUGGAGCAUGUUGUUCCAUUGUCAGUGUCCACACCGUUAUAUGGUAGCCCUCCUCCUAAGAGGACUGACUCUGACAGUCUGCCUGUUGGUUCACCUGAUGCUGAUGGAGGUGCAGAGGGCCUGGAUGAGCACAAUCAUGACAGGGAAAAUUACUUUCCUCCUUCACUUGGUGAAAAUACCCCUCUGACCCUUGAGGAGGACCACAAUCAAAAUCUAGAAGACAAUUGUGGUGGACUAUCCAAAGACCUGGAAGAUCUCGAGAGAAAUCUGUCUGAGUCAUUUCAUGUUUCCAAUGCACCUAAUUCCGCAGGGCCAGUAGUCACUGAGAAUAUAAACACAGUAGCCUCUUUCAGUGAUGAUGAGUUCUGAUUUUAUUAGUAUUUUAGGGAUGAGUUUAGUGAGCUUUGUAGUCAAAGGAGACUAUUUUCGAUAACAACAAUUUGAUAGAGGUUUUUGCAUCUCAAAUGUGUUUUAUAAAUGGGAGCUGAUAGGUAUAUUUCAUACUUUUUGCCUAUUCUUGUUAUGGGCACCAUUGCCAUGUGUAUUUCCAGUACAAAGUAUUGACCAAUAUAGAUUUGGAUUAUUGUUACACAAUGAUGAGAAGGAACUAGACCGUAAAUACAUUUUCUACUUUACAUUUAUCAGUGUUUUUGCUCACUGUAGCUUAUUCAUUUCAAAUAAGAGGGAGCAUCUGUGAGUAAUCUAGAAAAGCAGUUAAUUGAUUCAAUUAUUUUCCCCAUAUAUAAUUUCAAUCAAGACACUGUGCUCCCCCUCCUCAUUGACUGGCAGUGUUUUUCAUGUUUACAAUAAAAUUUUGUAUUAUAUUAUGAACUCUGCA